AUGACCAUCUCCUUCCCUCGCAACAUCCAGAUCAUCUUUCCUCGCAACAACAACAACAACAACAACAAUAACCAUCAACAACGUCAACAACCAACCAAUCACCUCACUCUCAAAGCAGAUCAUCUUUAUGUUCAUGAUGAUUUUUCGUCCUCCUCCUCCUCCGAUGAUGACAAUGACACCAACACUUCUUCGACAGCCUACACCAGCUCUCUCGAAUAUUCGGAACAACAAAAAAGGUUUUUUGCCAACGAAUGUCUUCGAUAUGGAGAUUAUAUUUCUCUCUUCACGUCGGAAUCGAUGAGUGGUGGAGCAUCGUCGGAGAGUACGGUUGGAUUUUUGAGCGUGGAUGGAAUUAAUUUAACAUGCAAUAUCGAGGGAAAUGCAAAACAAAUUCGUUGUGGACUCACAGAAACUACAGAUAUUUCAACUUUAAAUUCAACAAAGAACGGAAAUGCCAAUCAACCACACACUCCAUUGCCACCCAUUUACAUGAUUCCCAAUUUUCAACAAUGCAUCUUUCAAGUUCAUUUCGCAAAGAGUUAUUCAGCCAUUAAAAAGUAUCAUCACUAUGUGAAUGAAUUGGAAAUUAAAAUGGCCAAUAAGAAGAGUCAUCACACUGGUGGUGUGAGCAAUCAAACAACGAACACUGGAGGAGCGUCAUCAACAGCAACAACUGGAACAUCGGCUACAUCAAAAUUGGCACAUCUUGCAAAAACAAUGGAUCACCAUGGAGCUACCAAAAGUAAAAUCAAAAAAAUCACAAAUAUUGUCCACGAGAGUAAUGAAUUGGCCCAAUUGAAACAACGUAUGGAGCGUGAAAUUCAACAGAAUGAAUUGGAGGCUGCUCGUCACAUUGGACAACCUGUAUAUUAUGGAUCUACCAUUCAAUUGUUUCAUGUACAGACGCAAAGUUAUUUGACUGUUGCGAGAGAAUCUGCAGAAAUGCAAAAAGACUGUUUGAGAUUGUCACUCGACCAGGAUGGUUCAAAAUAUUCACACUUUUCAUUGUUACCAUAUUUUAAUUAUCAAAAAGAUGGUGAUGUUGUGAAAUUGUCUGACAAGUUCCGUAUCUGGAAUAGAAAAUCGGGACAAUUUUUACAAUUUUCAUAUUAUCGAUAUAGUAAUAUUGCAGAUAUGACGCCAUCUUCAGGAAUUUCUACAAAAGGAAAUUCAGAUAAUUAUUCACAAAUUGCCAAGGAGGCUGUGAAAACAAAUUCAAAUCUUAAAAAGUAUUCCUAUGACAAUAGACGUGAAGUCGUGUCAAAUUCAAAAAAACGAGCUCAGUUCAUGUCGAAGAGCGAAUCAAAUGGUGCAGAUUCAUCCAUGAUGGGAAGUUCAUUGAUGAAAUCAGGAUUCUCUUCAACAUCGACAUUUUCACAAGGAUCCUUUCAUGUGGGUACCAGUGCCAAAGAUUUAUUAUCACAAAGCACCAAGUCAGGCUUUGCAUCGAUUGGACAUAACCAUGACAGCAGUCAAAAGUCACAAUUUUUGAGCUCUUCAAGUAACAAAAGUGGAGAUGAAAACACCAUUUCAUCCUCAGUCGAUCAACAAUUAUCCUGUCAAAGUUUGUGGCAAAUUGAAAUGUUAGAUUCCACAAAAGGAGGAAUUGUGAGAAGAAAUUUUGCGUUUCGUAUACGACAUGUCAGUACUGGAUAUUACCUCAUGUUAAAACCAAGUUCUGAGCAAGAGGAUCUUCGAGAGGAAGAAUUGGAAGAGAAUGAAGUCUCAGAGACAAAUAUUUCCUUCCUAUCUUCAACACUUCACAAUAGUUCCAUUCAUGAUUCAACAAGUCAAAACUCCAUUUCUGGAAGUACUGCCUCCAGUAGUACAAGUGGAGGUCAUAACAACAGUACACGAAAGAUGAGAUCUUCUUUGCUCAUUAAACAACCAAAACGAGAACAAGCAUUCAGCAUGUAUGUGGAACCUCAAGAAAAUUGUCACGAUAUUAUGAACAUGUUAUUUACGAUGCAAGAUGCCAUGUUGUCAAAUGACAUUUCUGCUCUCUCUUGGAAUGGCCAAUUUAGAAUCAAGCAUUAUCAAAGUGGUACUUGGUUGCAUGCACUAUUUUCUCAAAAACCGUUUUCCACAGGAAGUGGUGACAAGGAAUUGGAAUCCCUUUCUAAAGUUCAAUAUUCUCCCGUUUAUUCGGUUCCAACUUUGAAAGAGCAAGACGUCCUUACAUGCUUUCCUGUCCGUCGUGAGGAAUAUGAAGAUCUCCUCACCGCUCAAAGUUACCUUCCCAUUCUCAAAUAUUUCCUCUCAAAAUUGAACGAUCACACUGUCAAACGAAAUGACGUCAAGACUUUUAUUAAUUUAAUUUCAAGUUGCAUUAGAUUCUGUACCACAAGCGACGAGAAGGAUCCUCUCUUGCGAGGCGGUAUUCCAAACAAAUAUCAUCAACAAUUAAUGAGAGAAAAAGGAAUUAUUGCACUCGUGAUGGAAAUUUUGAAUACACUCAUUUCACACAAAUAUCUUACCUUGGAAGAUAUGACACGCAUUGAUGAAAAUGCAGAAAAACAAGAUUACUACGAUGUUUUACAAUACUCAUAUCGCUUCAUUAGACAAGCUGUGUUGAUGAAUGAAGUGAAUGGUCUCUAUAUGGCUCAAUAUAUCAACUUUAUUCAAUCCACCAUUGAGUAUAGUAUUCAUGCAAGUGAGGCACUUCUUCAAAUUCUUUCCAAUAAUUUUGCACUUCUCAACAAAAUCACAGAAGAACAAAUUGAUUUUUUCAUGACCUUACUUUUCAAGAGUAACAGUACUACUGGAAUGAGUGGUGGAGGAAAAACGACUACUAUUAAUAUUCCUACACGGUAUCAAAAUCAUAUAGGUGGUUAUCUCAAGAAGGCAGUAUACUUGUCCUUCUUGACAAGUUUAAUUAUUUGUGAGGGAAAAACAGUUGUGAAAAAUCAAAAGUAUAUUUCAAAUUUACUUCUUGCCACCUACAAAGAACAAAUGAAUAAGGUAUUUCUCAUUCCUCGUAUUCGAAAGUCAGACAAUAAGGUGGUCGUUGACAUCAACCAUGAUGAAAUGGAUUUAGUGAGCUUUACAAAAUCUGCAACCGAUACAGAAUAUGUGAAUUAUUCCAAAGUCAAUUUUGAAUUACUUGUUUUCUUUCAAGAAGAAAUCAGGUUAUUUGCUGCCCUUUGCAGUGGAAACAGUGAAUCAACCGAGUUGACAAGGAAUGCAGUCAUUCAAUUAUUUACCUAUGAAAUUGUUUACAAAUGUUUACAAGAGCCAAACUUAACACCUGCUCUCAGAACUUCCUUUGUGAAUUUAUUGCUUCACAGUUUUGUGGAUACUGAAAAAGAGAAAAGACGUGUGCUUGUAGAUCUCACUCGAAAAAGUGAAUCUCUUUAUGGUAAAACACCUCACGAUCACACUUCACGAGAAUUGUCUGAAGUGAAAGACUUUUUAAGCUCUUAUUUCAAGCAAAAUUCAACUCUCGACAUGGGCAUUGAAUUUAAAGAUGUGAACAAUUUCACACUAUCACUGGUACAAUUAUGUAGAAGCAUGCUAGAAUUUGGAAUUUACACUUUGAAAGAUUUUGAGGACAGUGACUUGCUGAUCGCUCUGUUUGAUAUUUUACGUUCUGAUAAUGAUAAGAGAAAUGGAAUCUUAUUGAAAGAUGAAGAACGAAUCAAACAUUCAGAAGAGAAUGAAGCCAUCAUUAACAUCAAAAUUGAGGUCGCAAAAUUUUCCACAUGCUUCUUGAUUUAA